AUGGCAAAACCCAAAUCACCAAGAACUCGUAUGAGAGAAUACAGAGAACGAACUAAACAGAAUAAACAGAAACAUGAAGAAAUUCUAGAGAAAGACAAAGCAAGGAAACAAGCAGAAAGAUUGAAGGAAAGAGAAAUUGGUAUUAGCUCUGAAAAAAAAGCACAUAGAAACAGGCUGAAUAGGCAGAGGGUCACAAAAUGUCGUUCAAAGAAGAAAAUCAACUUUGAAGAGUCAGAAAAACCAGCCUUUACAACAAGAUCAUCCCUAGGAAGAGCAGUUUCAAGGGCUUCUAAAUCGUUGCCCUUAAGCCCUAGAAAGAAGAAAGCUGUUGUGAACCAGAUUGCUGAACGAGUAGGGAUCAUAAAAUCAAGUAUAAAACCAAAAACAAUUUUAAGUGAUGAGGUGAAAGAGAAGGUUAGAAAUUUCUAUUCCCGUGACGAUAUUUCCCGGCAGGCCCCUGGCAAAAAGGACUAUGUCACAUUGUGGAAGGAAGGUGGCAAAAUUAAGCUUCAGAAAAGGCAUCUGUAUUACACCAUCAAAGAAACCCAUUCCUUAUUCCUACAUGACCACCCAGAUGUUAAGAUAGGGAAAUCUAAGUUUGCUGAACUGAAGCCAACUAAUGUUUUUCACCAGUCCAAAACUCCGAAAGAUGCAUGUCUGUGCAAAUAUCAUGAAAAUAUUGCUCUCUUAUGUGAUGCACUACAUAAAGUUAUUCCAACUUUCCCUAUAUACUCCAGCUCAUUUGUAGACAACAUGGUUUGUUCACCUGAUUCAGAGAAGUGCAUGAUGGGCAAUUGUGAUACAUGUUCAUAUCACAAAAUUGAAACCUAUUUAAGCAGUUUUGUUGAAGCAGAUCAAGCCAGCGAAGUCUUGUGGUGCGAGUGGGUUCAAGAAGAGAACAACGAGAUAGCUCAUCCUAGGCGUGGUGCAAAUAAGGAAGCUGAUACUGUCAAGACCUCAUCAAAGAAACAGAUGAAGAAGAUCUGUAAAGCUGGAUCAGUAGCUGAAGCUGUCGCCACUUUGAUAGAAAAGAUGCCUGAUUUUCUUGCUCAUGUCUUUAUCAAGCGGCAACAAAGUGCCUGCUUUCAAGAAAAACUUUCAGACAUUCCUGACGCCAGUGCAGUUAUUCAAGUAGAUUUCAGUGAGAACUAUUCACUACAGCAGCAAGGAGAAAUUCAAUCUGCAUAUUGGAGUCAGCAGCAGUUGACACUGUUCACUGUAUGUGUAUGGACACAUGACAGUAAAAAGAGCAUGGUAUUUGUAAGUGAUGAUCUGGAUCACGACAAGACCAGUGUUCUGGUGUUCCUUCAUAAAUUGCUUGCGGAGUUGACUGAUAAAGAAACCAUAAAGAACGUCGACAUCUUUUCAGAUGGUCCAUCCUCACAGUUCAAGAAUCAGUAUGUGUUCAACUUCCUCCCAGUCCUGCACGAGUUGUACCAUCUUGAAUCCCUAACCUGGCACUUCUUUGCUACAUCCCAUGGCAAAGGAGCAGUUGAUGGGAUAGGUGGUACAGUUAAAAGAAAUGUCUGCAUGGAAACCUUGAGUAGAAGGGCAGUUAUCAACUCACUGGAAGAUUUUUGUGAAGUGGCAAGAAAGAAAGAACAGCAUGUGGAAGUCAUUGCAGUGACAGCUGCAAGCAUCAAAAGCUGCUCCGCUGAUAUUAGUCUUGAAGAAAGUUUUGCUUCCUCGACUGCAGUUAAAGGUAUCAAGAAGAUGCAUUAUGUAACAGCUCUGCAGGAUGGCAAAAUUAUUUGCAAGGAGUAUACUCGCCAAGAAUGUAAUGAUGAUGUCUCCCAGCAAGAUUCUGAAACUGAUGAAAGCGAUUCCGAUUUGGACAAAUGGUAUGACGACCGAUGCCAGCAAGUAGCUCUUCAUCCUGUUCAUAUAAAUGUUGAAGAUUUUGUUAUAUGUAAAUACGAAGGAGCAGUGUUUCCUGGUCAAGUUACAGCUGUCUAUCCUGAAGGUAAGGGUGCAAGAAUAAAGGUCUUCGAGAAGUGUGCUGGUGGUUGGAGAUGGCCAAAACACGUAGAUGAAAUUGAUUACUUGCAAAAAGAUAUAAUACAGCACAUCAAGUUUCCACAGCCUAUCAACAAUCGUGGCACCUACAGGAUCAUUGAAUUAGAGAGCAGAUGGGGAACAGACUGA